AGCAUUAUGGGAAUUUUCAUAAAUAAUUCAAAUUUUUCCAUCCGCUUGUCCUUAACGGUUCUGAGGCUGGCAGGAUUUUGGCCCCCCGAGGAUAUGAAGGGUAGACAUCGCUUACUUUACAAUUGCUAUGGUUUUGGUAUCUUCAUGUUUUUAUUGGGUACAUAUUUAAUAAUACAAAUAGUAGAUCUCUAUUUAAUUUGGGGUAACCUUCCCCUGAUGACCAGUACAGCGUUUGUCCUCUUCACUAACUUGGCACACGCUGCCAAGGUUGUGAAUAUAUUGGCAAGGAAGAAUAAAAUAAAGAAUAUUAUCGACAAUUCUGACAAAGUUCUCAGGAGUGAGAGAAGCGCUGAAGGCAGAGAGAUUGUACGAAGAUGCGAUCAAGAAACGAAGGUGCAGCAACUAAUGUUCUUUUUCCUAACCUUUGUCACUACCACGGGAUGGGCUAGUAGCCCUAAGAAGAACGAGCUACCGUUACGAGCGUGGUAUCCGUAUGACACGAGAAGUUCCCCAGCAUACGAAUUGACAUACUCCCAUCAGGUAAUAGCGAUUAUCGUGGCAGCGUUCCUCAAUGUGAGCAAGGACACCCUGGUGACAACUUUGAUAGCUCAAUGCAGGUGUCGUCUGCGUCUCGUGGGACUUUCCUUGAAGAAUUUGUGUAAUGAGGGUUAUAUUAUCGGAGAAUCAUCAUCCGGUGUUUCGCUGACUCCAUCACCCAAAACUCUCACCUUGAGACCAGAUCAAGAUCACCAAGUAAAGAUCCGUCUCCGUGCAUGCGCGGUACAGCAUCAGGAAGCUCUGGAAGCGGCACAGCAGCUUCAGCAAUGCUUUUCGGAACCGACGUUUGGACAGUUCGCAGUCUCUCUCGUCAUUAUAUGCGUGACUGCAUUUCAGCUAUUUUCUCAAUCCAGUAAUCUAGUUCGUUUGUUUUCUAUGGGCACGUAUCUGCUAAACAUGAUGUUCCAAGUUUUUCUCUACUGCUAUCAAGGACAUCAGCUCUCUAUGGAGAGUGAAGAAGUCGCCGGUGCAGCUUACGAUUUCCCGUGGUACGCGUGCAGUGUGAGCGUACGACGGUCAAUAAUUAUACUAAUGAGGAGAUGCCGUCGCGUUACCAAGAUCACAGCUGGUGGCUUUACUACUCUUUCAUUAGCUUCAUUUAUGGCUAUAAUAAAAACCUCAUAUUCGAUGUUCACGUUGCUGCAACAAGUCAAUGAGAGAAAUUAA